UCGCGCGGAAGUCUCCAAAUCGUCGUCGCCGUGGAUACAGUGUUCGUGGAUCGGGGAUAUCAAAUUCGGUUUUUGUGAUUGCUUUUUGUUUGAGUGAAUUGCUGUAACCCGAGGCUCCUUGUUGGACAGCCAAUUUAACAAAGUGAGAAACAUAAAAUUGGGCAUUGAGAAAAAAAGAGUGAAAAUACGCUUGUGGAAUAUGGAAUAAAUCCCAAUUUAAAAAUGCUUAAAAAGUAAAUAUUAAAAAAAAGAGAAUAAAAUUGUGAAAAAUGAAUUACAAUAUGGAUGAACUUGAGGCAACUAGGUUGCUGAGACACCCUCGACGUUGCUGGGGCAGUGCCUAUAGCAGGAGGAUUGUGGCCAUCUCGGGGAUCGUUAUCCUCACACUGCUCUUCACAAUGAUCUACCAUGGUCUUGUUGUGGAGAGGAUGGACCGAGUUCAGCAGAUUGCCGCCUUGAAUGCUGAGCACAGAUUGCUUGCCAACCAACCCUUCGAUGAGGAUCAGGUACCCUUGAUAGUCAGCCCCCAAACGUUGCACUUUAAGCUACUGGACGAGGACACGGACAAGGAGACUGAUGAUAGUCAGCACAGGAAGAAGCGAAUCAAAAACAUGUUGCUUAAGUUCCGGCUGCACAAAAAGCACAAGACGCGCCGCGAGCUACCCAGGAAGGAUCUACUGGAUCCUGUCCAGAUCGAGGCUAAGCUGCUUGAUCCUGUUCAGGUGGAGGCCAAUCUGCACAACCUCUACAACAAGCUGAGGAGCAAAAGAGCCAGAGAGGCUCUCAGCCGGCUUGAGAACGAGUUUGUCCGGUGCAAGAAGGAAACUCCCCAGGACUGCAUGUCGGCCUUCUUGAAAAUGUACAAAAUGGCCAGAGAAGUGGCUGAAAAAAUGGAGAAAAUGAAGGCUAUAAUGCGGGAACAAGCGCCUUUGCUCGAGUCUGAGAGCAUGGAGUCCGAGGAGCACAAGAAUAAGGAGCUGACCUCCGACGAUUUGGUGGUGCAAGAAACCACUAUUUACGCCCCAGUGGCAUCUGGUAAUGCCACCGAGAAACCCCAGCGAACGAAGAUUAAGCCAGCCAGGAUAAGUUGGAUCAUUGAUGGGCACGACCAUGAUGAUGAGGUGUAUACGGACGAUACGCCCAAGACAGUUGCCACCACCAAGGAGCCAGAAACAACCCCGUCACCACAGACCACACCACAGACUACUGAUACCACAAGCGAGCAAUUGAAAGUGGAGGGCACAACAACUGAGAAGAUCAGUUGGAUUCUGGAUCAGUUCGACAAACCCAAAGAGAUUUUGCGCACUACCGAAGGACCUGGCAUCAGGAAAACGACUCCAACGCCAGAAAUGGAAAAAACAACUGAAGCAACUAUGGGACUCAAUGUAACCACAGAUGGUCCGUCGGAAGUUGGAACCACACCGGGGCAGCGAAAGCCCCAAUUCGAUUGGAUUAUAGAUGGUGAUGAAGAUGUGGACCCACUCGGCAAUACCACCAGCCCCACCACCACUGUAGUCAUUAGCACUACCGAACCCACUGAAGCUCUAAAAUCCACGGUUCCAGCCACCAAGCAAGAUACCACCACAUUAGUCGGAACCACGGAAGCCACAGCUACCACAUCCGGUCAGCGGAAGCUGCAGUUCGAUUGGAUAAUAGAUGGCGAGGAGGUGGAUGAGCCACUGGCUAAUUCCACCACUACAACAGCUUUGGUUCCCACAACAAUUAGCACCACAGAAUCUAAUGAAGGCCUGCCCAACACAACUAUACCUUCUGCCGUCCAGAAGCCUGUGAAGAUUAGCUGGAUAAUUGACGGAAAUGAAGGUAGCGGGGAACCGAGCACGACCUCCACCACACAGCCCAAGCUGACCACCAGGCAGGUGCAUAGCGACUCGAUGGAUGGCCCCCGAUUUGAGCAUCCUCUGGACAAUCCGAGCAGCAUCGAGAACAUGCUGGAGAGCUUCGAGCGGCAUGAGCAAGACAAACCCGUGCUGAAAGAACUAAGCGCCAACGAAUCCUCGCAGGAAUCGGCUACGGAUGUGUAUGAGAGACAGGUCUGGUUGAAGAAGUUCCAGCAGCAGGCUAGGCCGAACCAGAACGAGCUGAUAGACACUUUCGGUACUGGCUUAGACACGAAAAUGUUGGAAAACAUGAGGCCCAAGAUGAAUCCGUUGAAAGGCCAGCCAUGGAAUGCUGCCGAUGCUCAGAUCCUAAGCCUGUGCGAAAGGGUGGCCCAGAAAAUGAGAAACAGAGGAUCCGCCUUGACUGAGGGCGAAGCCAAGGAGAAAGGCGAAACAUUCACUGCCUCGCCAAGUGUGCAGUUUACUAGUCGAGCUCCAGGUGGCUUUCCAGUGUCCGGAGAGACGAUGAAGGCUUCUGCUCAGUUUAUGUUCAAUCCGAAUUUCGGAAUGCCCAGCAUUCCAGUCUGUUUCUACAUGACGCCGGCCAACUUCCGGAUGCCUAUGUGGUCUGGCUCUCCCGCUUUUAUGGGAAUGCAGGGCGCCCACUUUGGAGGAUCCUCGAACGCCGGCGGCGGUAUUUUCUUUGUUCCCCAGCAGUUUGGACCCAGUGGAAACUUUUUCGGGGGCAGCGGUGGUUCCGGAUCCGGUGGCCAGGGAGCCAAUAUAUUCUCCAAGAAUGCCUCACCGCAAAAGCUUUCUAAUGGGCAACAGCAGCAGGUGUACUGCAGUUACCUGCAGAACCAGGCGGGACAGGGAUCCGCGCAAUCCUCUGUUUCGAAUCCCCAACAACCGUCGAACGGCCAGACGACCUUCUCGAAUGCCAACUUCAAGAUGCGGCAUGCCAAUCAGUCUUCUGUCAAUCACAACCAGGGGCAGAUCAUCUACGCCAGUUACGCAGGCUUGCCAGAGUCAACCGUGCAGCACCACUCCAAAUGUCCGGAACCGGAUCAGCUGUCCUGCUUCGGCCAGCAGCAGGAGUGCAUUUCAGCCAACAGAUGGUGCGACAAUGUGGUGGACUGUUCGGAUGGAAGCGAUGAGUCCGCCUGUACUUGUGCGGAUCGCCUGGAUGAGGAGCGCCUCUGCGAUGGCUAUGCGGAUUGCCCGAUGGGCGAGGAUGAGCUGGGUUGCUUUGGCUGCGAGCCUCUGGCCCACUCCUGCUACGAAAACCCGGCGGAGUUUGCCAAACACAAUCAGUCUACCCUCUCCAUGUGCUACAAUCGCUUGGAACGGUGCGACGGCUUCAUGAACUGCCUCAACGGGCGCGAUGAGCUUGAGUGCAGCAUGCUGGUCACCGAUGUGGCAGAUCAUAUGUCCCAUGCUGCCUCUGCCUCUGAGGGAUUUUUGUACCAUAACUAUCGUGGCGAUUGGCAUCCUGUGUGCAACAAUGGACAGAAGUGGGCAGCCGACGCCUGUGAGUUGGAAGACGGAAAUGUUGGCGUGGAUCUUGGCUUCAAGACCCUGACCCUACCUGGACCAUUUAUUGAGCCCUCUCUGCAGGCUGGAGUUCAAUUUGCCCAAGCUUGCCAUGGGCGCAAUAGUCAUGACUCCCUCGAAAACCACGUGGCGUACGUCAAGUGUCCUCCAAUGCAGUGCGGAGUUCCCAAGAAUGCUACGAAAGCAGUGCACUCCAAGAGAGUCAAGAGAACUGUGUCGGACUCGAGCGAAAAUGUUGGCAAUGGUCGAAUUGUGGGUGGCCGCUACACGAGUGACCUCCAGUGGCCUUUCGUGGUGGCCAUUUACCGCGACGGAAAGUUCCACUGCGGAGGAACCAUCUACACCGAACGUUGGAUCAUCAGCGCUGCCCACUGUGUCAUCAACUUUGGAAAGUAUUACUACGAGGUGCGAGCUGGUCUGUUGCGCCGCACCAGCUACUCCCCGGCUACACAAAUCCAGCCCGUUUCCCACGUCGUGGUCCACCAGGCAUACGAGCGCAGGAGUAUGCGCAAUGAUCUCUCCCUACUACGCCUGGCCAAUCCCCUUAACUUCAAUCGUUGGGUGAAGCCCAUCUGCCUGCCAGACCUGGGACGCACGACCAUCGGAGAUGAUUGGAUCUGGGGACCUGUGGAGGACACCAUGUGCACAGUAGUUGGUUGGGGAGCUAUUAGGGAAAAGGGUCCCAGCAGUGACCCUCUUCGGCAGGUGAUUGUGCCUAUUCGAAAACGGUGCUCAGAUCCUGAGGAUCAAGCCUCAGAAAACAUUUGUGCCGGCGAUCCAAACGGAGGUCGCGAUGCAUGUCAAGGAGACUCAGGCGGUCCGCUUUUCUGCCGCAGCGUCUCUCGGCCGGAAGAACUGUACCUCGCCGGGGUAGUGAGCCACGGCAAUGGCUGUGCAAGGCCACAGGAGUUUGGCGUAUACACCCGGGUCACUCUUUACCUCGACUGGCUGGAGAUGGCAGUGAAUCCUCGACAUCUGCCUGCCCGGAAGCCACUGCAACUCUGUCCAGGAUUCAUUUGCGUAUGGGGCGGCAAGAGAUGCAUAGCCAAGCGCCAGAGAUGCGAUCGUAAUGUGGACUGUCUUGGCGGUGAAGAUGAGGUUGGAUGCGCUUACAACUUCAUUCCGGAUAUGGUUGGAGCCGGGCGAAACAUAAGCACCACGACAGAAAGCGACUACCAUCCAGUGGAGGCUAAAAAUCGGGAGCUGAUUCCCAUUGAAGAUUUAGAAUUGGAGGCAGAGCAAGAUGAGGAGGAAAACACGGAAACAACUACUUCAGAUGAUGAAACUGAAACCACGGAAGGACAACUGGAAGAUAUCUCCACAAGCACUUUGGGGAAUCCAACUACAACUGAAGAUGACAUAGAUCCCAGCUCAAGGGUUGACUCAACCACUACAGAUUCCGGGAAUGUCACACCAUCAACCGUUCCAGCAACCACAUUUGCACCUACCAGUACUCUGCCCACCACAUUGGAAUUGACCACAAACACGGCAAUGCCAACGUCCACUGAGGAUUUCCAGAAUAUGGCGGACUUAGUCACCCAAUUAAUGGAAGAGCGAAGCUCUACUACAAUGAAGGAGGAGCUAGUGACCACAACUACUGAAUCCACAACAGAAGCUGCCUUCCCAGUGACAACAGAGAAAGUUCGGGAAACAACAACUAUGGAGUCAACUACAACGAUUAGCAGCACCACCACUCCAUUAGUCACAACCACUACAGGAGUACCCACCAGUGUUCAGUCUGAAGUAACCACCGUAACCACCUUGGCUCCAACAACCAGUACCAUUGCUACCACUAUUUCUUCAACUACUACUCCUAAGGCUACUACCACUAUGAAGCCUUUAAGGACAACCACAGAAGAGAGCAGCGUCCAUUCCCAUGAAGAUGAGGUGCAGAUUCCCAAUAAGUUUGUGUGUAAAAUCAUGCCUCAAAUCAUUGAUAUUCAAAUGCACUGUGAUCGGAAAGUCGACUGCGAAGAUGGAACCGAUGAAUUGGACUGCUCCUGUAAGGACUAUUUGAAGGGCAGUCUAGCAGCCCUAAUAUGUGAUGGCAAAGACGACUGUGAGGAUCUCUCUGAUGAGCAGGAUUGCGGGGGCUGUCAUGCUAACGAAUUCCGUUGUCCUUUGUCGAAGACUUGCUUGCCCCUAACCAAACGCUGUGACAAUGAAGUGGACUGUAAGUUCAAGGAGGAUGAGAAAGAUUGCUUUGCCCUAACCAAUGGACAUGAUGUGCAUUUCCAUGUUCACCAACAGCCCAAGUUCAGCAGUGUCGGAAUCUUUUCGAGAAACGCUCAUGGAGUGUGGCGGGUUGUUUGCGCCCAUGAAACAGGCUAUCAUGAGCACCAAGCCAACACGGCGGACGCAGUGUGUGCCCUCCUGGGAUUCAAGGGAGCUCACUACUUCAACAGCACAGAGUUUGUGAGCCAACAGGAAAUGCAUCCCAUUACGCCGGAGCUGAAGAGUGGCAGGACCCGUUUGGCUUCUCAUAUUCAUUCAAUGGUUGGUGACAACAUUCAGCUGACGGAAAAUGAAAUAAUAAUGCCAGAGCUGGGACAUCCAAGCGCCCCAAGACCGGAAAAAGAUCGCCUGCUGCCCACCAAGUGCUUGGGUAUCUAUGUGGAGUGCAACCCGUAUUCCAACAAGACCACUCCCCUGAAAACACUUAGUGCUGGGCAAGCAGUCAAGCCGAAACUGAAGGACGAGGUGCCAGUGCUUCUGCCCACUAUCGAAACCCACAACCGACCAAACGUACACUUUAAGCCGCAGCUACCAGCAACGGUCGUGAAUAAAAAGGAUGAAAUACUGGACCGAUUGGAUAGUCUGAUUAAGAGCAAGAAAAACAAAACGCUGCUAGUCAACGAGGAACUGCAUGAAGCCAUCGAGGAGCUGCACUGGCCCUGGCUAGCCGAUGUCUACUCGAACGGGGAUCUCUGGUGCAUCGGCGUGCUCAUAGACAAGCACUGGCUGCUGGUCCACGAGAGCUGCAUGUUUGGGAUUAGUCUGAGGACGCACUUCGUCAGUGCUCUGCUGGGCGGCGGCAAAACCAAGAGAACGCUUCAUCGAAGCAACCAGGAGCAGAUUCGAAGGAUAGACUGCUUUGAGCCUGUUCCGAAGUCCAAUGUGUUGCUGUUGCAUUUGGAGAAUCCUGUUAAAUUUACGCACCACGUUCUUCCGACCUUUUUGCCCGAUAGUUCCCAUGAAACCGAAGACGCUUCAAGAGACUGCAUCAGUGUGCUGCACGACGAUUUCACGGGACGCAUCAAAACAGUAGCCAUCACCAAAAUGGCCAACAUUUCCGAUUGCACGUCCUGUUACAAGCUGCAGGAGAAGCAGCCCCCCGUUAACCUGAUGCGCCUGUUGAACGUCAGUGCUGAGGACAUGGCCUCCAUUUCGGAGGAGGUGGAGCUCAUCAACGGGGUGGCUCCCACCGAACUGCCGGCCAUAACCAAGUUCACCAGCUGCCACCAGUUUGGCCUGAAGAAUGCCAGCGAUUUUCAUCACAACCCCAGCGAUCAGGGAGUGCUGGUCUGUCGCGAUUCGCACUCUGGGUGGUUCCCUACGGCCAUGUUUAGCUACAACAACUCGGACUGCCAGAGCUUUAAGCAGCCUUUUGCCAUUCGGACAUUGGAACAAGCGUACAAAUCGCUGCAGGAUAUUAUAGACAAACCUAGUUGCAGAAACCUGCAGUCAGCUCCAGAGUGCUCCACUCACCGCUGCCCGUUGGGGCUUUGCUUGCCCCAAACUGCCAUCUGCAACGGCCGAUCCGAUUGUCACGAUGGCAGCGAUGAGGAGGAAACCAGAUGUCGGCACUUGAAGCAACAAUGUGCCCCCGGCGAGAUGAAGUGCCGCUCCAGCUUCAAAUGCGUGCCCAAAAACAAGUUCUGUGACCACCAUCCCGACUGCGAGGACAUGACUGACGAGCCCACUAUUUGCAGCUGCUUCACCUACCUCCAGGCCACUGAUCCUUCGAAGAUAUGCGAUGGUAAACGAAACUGCUGGGACAAGAGCGAUGAAAGCUCUGUGCUUUGCAAUUGCACGGCAGACCACUUCCAAUGCAGCUCCUCCCCUGAAGAUUGUAUUCCCCGAGACUUCGUGUGCGACAAGGAACCCGACUGCCCCAAUGGCGAAGAUGAGCGGUACUGCUUUGGCAUCGAACACCCUCUGCAUCAGCAGAAGAAGGACUUUUGGGCCAAUAGCCAGCAUACGCAACCGGAAACAGCUCCGCAGUAUGGACAGGUUAUCGAACAGACCUAUGGUAUCUGGCACACGAAAUGCUUCCCCAAGAGCUCGCCGCCGCAAGUGGACGAGGUGCGGGAGAUAUGCAAGAAAUUGGGAUACAAUCCGUACAGACAGCCCAGCUACCGGCUGAUCGACGACGAGGAGAACAAGGCCGUGCACACCUACGAGUUGGCGGAUCGACAGGGACGCAGUUUCAGCAACGACUCUCUGGUGGGAAAGUAUCGAGACUCCACCAAGGCGUUGAUUAUCAGCAAGUUCUCACCCCUGCAGCUCAACGAGCGGCUGACGCUCUUUUUGAAAUCCAGCCGGCCCAUAGCCGAGCUGGUUAGGUGGAAUGCCACCGAUUCCAGCAGAUGCUACAGGUUGGAGAUCCGGUGUGCUUGAAGUGUAGUUACUAUGAUCUUGGUAAGAGCCUCUUCCUAAUCUCGUGAUGUCCUUUGUGCGUUUUAGUAGCAAAUAAAUGCGAGAUCUGUA